AUGGGGAAAAGAAGAAGAUCUUUGCAGGACUUGAUCGCGCAGACGUGUGAGGCAUGCAACGGCGGCUUCGACUCGAUGCAAGGCCUAAUGGCCCAUCAGUCAAUGUCCAAGCAGUGCGCCUGGUACAAGAAAGGCAAACUCAAAGCUAUCUACGUUGACGACUCGUCUGACGAGUCCUCCUCCUCAUCAAACGAAGACCUGGACGACGCAGAGGACGUCUUGCUUCCAGAUGUUGACCCAGGCGAAGACGACGAAUUCGAAGUCUUGAUGUUCGCUCCGGAAACUGCUCACCGAAACGCACCGACUCAGUCCGCAUCCGCAGGGGAAUCUUCUUCGCCGUCACACGCACGUCGUACGGCUCUGGCACUGGACGACGAUGAGGAUACGCGUGUGGAGGAGGUGAAUGAGGCGGCGGGUGUGGUAUUAAGGGAAGGAGAGACGGUCCGAGAGGAGUGGAGGCGUUACUUUGAGGAACAGAAAGAGAAAAAUGGGAAGCAACAUAAAGGUGAGUUCUCGCUAUGGGAUCCGUUCGACUCGGAAUUGGAUUGGCAGUUAGCCUCUUGGCUCAUCAAGGAAGGCAUCGGACAAGGGGCAAUCGACCGGCUCCUCAAGAUACCCAAGUUUAGAGAGAAGCUAGAGCUCUCGUACCACAACUCACGCGCGCUCCUGCAAAAGGUGGACUCUAUCCCGGACAGGGCGACCUGGAAAGAGCGUUGGCUCUCUUUCAAGGAUCGCCCUGGGGAGAGACACCUCGUGCAAUUCCGAGACAUCAUCGAGGCCAUCAAGGCCCUGCUUGGUAACCCAGCGCACGCAUCCCAGAUCGUGUACCGUCCUAGCUGGAUUUUCUCCGACAAAUCGCGCAAAAACCGCAUCUACACGGAGAUGUGGUCUGGCAAGUGGUGGCAUGCUGUACAGGUACGUUCUUGUGUUCUGUUCAUUCCUGAAGCUAUUACUGACAAAAAAACAAUGACAGAGUCUCCUACCAGCAGGUGCUGCCCUCGCUCCGGUCAUCAUUUCGACCGACAAGACGCAGCUGACGCAAUUCUCGGGCAACAAGUCGGCAUACCCGGUCUAUAUGACCUUGGGUAA